GCCCUGAGCUCCAAGCGCCGACCUUGCAGCAACUCAAGGCGCAGGCUGCAGGCCCCGCUAGGCCCAUCGCCAUGGCAACCGGCGCCAUCUUGGUUGUGGGCAGCGAGGCCUGGGGCUGGAUUAGCGAAGACGGCCGGCCGGGGCCCGCUGCCACCGCCCGCCCCGCACAGGCCCCGCCCCGCACUGUCAUGGCGGCUCCGGCCUUCGGCUGGUGCGUGUCGGCCUUGGCCAGGAACCCGGUGGCCGCGCUCCGGGCCCUAGCCGUCUGCCGCGCCUGCAGCAUCGGCCAGCGGCACCAGCACGCCCGGCUCCUGUCGUCCAGGAAUCGCCCUGAAGGCAAAGUGUUGGAAACAGUUGGAGUUUUUGAGGCGCCAAAACAGCAAGGGAAAUAUGAAACAGGUCAGCUAUUUCUGCACAGUGUGUUUGGAUACCGAGGAAUUGUCCUGUUCCCUUGGCACGCCAGGCUCUAUGAUCGGGAUGUGGCUUCAUCCACCCCUGACAGUAAAACAGAAAGUUCAGGGACUCAAGGUUCCAAAGAGGUCAAAGGCAAAACACAUACCUACUACCAGGUUUUGAUUGACACCAGGGACUGCCCUCAUAUAUCUCAGAGGUCACAGACUGAAGCCGUGACUUUUCUUGCUAACCAUGAUGACAGCAGAGCCCUUUAUGCUAUUCCAGGUUUGGACUACGUGAGCCAUGAGGACAUCUUGCCUUACAGUUCGUCAGACAGAAGUCCCAUCCAGCACGAGUUGUUUGACAGAUUUCUUUCAUAUGACUCGGCAAAAGCUCUGCCAUUUGUAGCCAGAGACACCUUGCGUGCUUGGCAGGAGAAGAACCAUCCCUGGUUGGAACUCUCUGAUGUACAUCGAGAAACAACAGAGAACAUUCGGGUCACAGUUAUACCCUUCUACAUGGGCAUGCGGGAAGCACAGAAUUCGCAUGUGUACUGGUGGCGGUACUGUAUCCGACUGGAGAACCUUGGGACAGAAGUGGUACAACUUCGGGAAAGGCACUGGCGCAUCUUUAGCCUGUCUGGGACGCUGGAGACGGUGCGAGGGAGAGGAGUUGUGGGCAGGGAGCCAGUUCUAUCAAAGGAGCAGCCUGCUUUUCAGUACAGCAGCCACGUCUCACUGCAGGCCCCCAGUGGUCACAUGUGGGGGACGUUUCGCUUCGAGAGGCCUGAGGGUUCACAGCUUGAUGUUCGGAUCCCACCCUUCUCCCUGGAGAGCAAUAAGGAUGACAAGGCCCCUCCUGCUGGCUACAGCUGGUAGAGCGAUGUCCACUGGGCCCUGGUCUCGCACUGGCUGCUGCUGCUUGGAACUUUGGGGGGUGGGUGGGGAGGACUGAAGGGGAAAGUCUUCCAGAGUUGGCCCUUUGCAGAUGUCCUGGGUUUGCCGUGUAAAAACUGAUCACAUUGUUGGAAAAAUAACUUCUGUGUAAUUGGAA